UAUACCUUCAACGUCAAGAACCAAUAAGGUCUUGUGGGGUCCUCCUGUUAUGCAAAGUGGUCCAAGGAAGGAUGCCUGAUGAAUCAGUGACAGGGACAUGGGAGCACAUGGCUCACUGAUUCUCAGAGGUGGGAGUAAGUCACACGUGCAAGUCACAAUAUUUACAACUCCAUUGCGAAACGCUUCUGUUAAACCCUAAAGAUGAAGAAGAAAGUGAAGUACAACAUGGUGAAGAAAAAGGUGGAAGAAGAUGGAGACGUUUCAGCGCCUGCAGCGAACGAGCAUGAGGUCUCGACCGGUGACGAGUUCUCACAGGAAAAACGGCGUCUUCGGAUUUCUCAAAGCGACAGCUGCUUCCUCAAGUUCUUAAACAAGGACCGACGUGCUGUGCCUUCGUUUUGUGACAUCGCCGUCAGCGUGCGUGGGGAAAUGUACCCAGCACACAAGGUGGUGCUAGCGUUCGGGAGCAGCUACUUCCAUGCUAAACUGAGUGAAAACCCUCGGCUGGACCGCAUGAGUUUUGACAACGUAGAUGGUUCUACGUUUGGACACUUGCUCAACUUUCUGUACACGUCCGAAAUGGAAGUGCGGCAGAACCAAAUCCCGUCCUUAUCUGAGGCAGCGUGCUUCUUUGACAUGAUGGAGGCGGUGAAUCUUCUAGCAGGUGAAGCAAUGCAGAAUCAAACGCUGGAAGAUGGCGAGAAAAAGGAGGAACUGCUAAUGGACGAAUCUAAGAGUUUUUCAUCAGGAGCACUUAAAAAGCCUCAAUCUCCACGAGAGACACAGUGUCUGCUAUGCAGCCGGACAUUUUGUUAUAAAACGUCGCUGGAGAACCACAUGGCCAAGAUGCAUAGCCAAGCUGAGGUCAUCGAAACGGAGGCUCCUUCCAGCAGCAAACGCAUGUCGACCCGUCAGAGGAAGAGACCAAGCAAAUUUGAGAGCCAAGUGAACAAGAACCCCAUUGGAAUGGAGAACCGUGGGCACAACAUAGACGAAGGAACUACCUCUGUCGGAGAGGAUGAUGACGAUGAAGAUGACAACGAUGAAGAUGGUAAUGGUGAAGAGAACCAGCAUGACCAAAGCAAAGAAAGAGAACAGAAAGAAACAGAAGCCAAUCUGGAAGCGGAGACAGGUUUACGAAAUGAGGAGAAUGCAGAAGGCAGGAAGGAGGAGGAGGAGUCAAGCUCUAGACAUGUGACCAAGGACCAUGAUGCAUCAGUGGCUCAGAGCAGUGGUGGCCAUGUUUACCCAGAGGGCUUAGCUCCAGUGAUCAUCCAAAGUGGCAACAAAAAGACGCUCAAGUGCCCAAAGUGUGACAAGACGUUUGACCGUAUAGGAAAAUACGAGAGUCACACGCGAGUGCACACGAGAGAAAAGCCAUUUCAGUGUGACGUGUGUCUGCAGCGCUACUCCACCAAAUCCAACCUGACCGUGCACAAGAAGAAGCACACCGCUGAUGCUCCGGUGCAGAGAAAAGACCACAAGUGUCCAUUCUGCAACAAACUCCACGCCAGCAGAAAGACGCUAAGCAAACACGUCAAAAGGUUCCAUCCUGACCACAUGCAGGAAUUUUUGAGUAUGAGGAAGAGGAAGAGCGAAGGCUGGAAGUGUGACAUCUGCCUCAAGUCGUUCACGCGGCGCCCCCACCUGGAGGAGCACAUGAUCUUACACUCUCAGCACCGGCCGUUUAAAUGCGCCUACUGCGAAGACUACUUCAAGUCCCGCUUUGCUCGACUGAAACACCAAGAAAAGUUUCACUUAGGACCUUUUCCAUGUGACAUCUGUGGACGGCAGUUUAACGACACCGGGAACAGAAAGCGGCACAUCGAGUGCACUCAUGGAGGGAAGAGGAAGUGGACGUGCUUCCUGUGCGGCAAGUCGGUCCGUGAGAGGACGACGUUACGGGAGCACAUGAGGAUCCACAGCGGGGAGAAACCUCACCUGUGCAGCAUCUGCGGACAGAGUUUCCGCCACGGCAGCUCCUACAGGCUCCACCUUCGCGUCCAUCAUGAUGAUAAACGUUACGAGUGUGAAGAAUGUGGAAAAGCUUUUAUUCGGCACGAUCAUCUUAAGAAACACAAGAAAAUACACACCGGCGAGAGAGCGCACCAGUGUGAAGAGUGCGGGAAGUGUUUCAGACGCGCCGAUCACCUGAACGUCCACUACAAAAGUAUUCACCUGGGAGAGAAAGUGUGGAGAAAGUACAAAGCUGUAGUGCACCAGUGUGAAGUGUGUAAGAAAGAGUUCAGAGGAAAAACCAAUCUGAUGACGCACUUCAGAACACAUUCAGGAGAGAAGCCUCACCGCUGUGUGAUCUGUAACCAGACCUUCCGCAUCAAGAAAACUCUGACCAAGCACAUGGUCAUCCAUUCCGAGGUGCGACCUUUCAGCUGCCCUCACUGCAGUGCCGCCUUCAAACGCAAGGACAAGCUCAAAUACCACGUGGACCACGUCCACAGUGCGCGCCCUGCCAUCCCGGCCUCGUCCCAAAUACCCGAAACCUCGCCACAGACUUCCAAACCCGCUGACGUGUCCGUCCCUGUCGCUCUGGUGCCGGUCCAGAUUCCUGAGGAAACCGGCGCCGAUCUGCAGCAACAGCAGCAGCCGGGUGGAUAUCAGCCGUCCACCGAUCUGGUGUUUCUGGAAAAAUAUACACUCACUCCUCAGCCGGCCAACAUCGUGCACCCGGUGAGAUCAGAUCAGAUCCUGGACCCGAGGGAGCCCUCGUACCUCAGUACGCUACUCGGUCUCGACUCGGCCUCCUCUGAGCAUGCUCAGUAGUGCUUUAAUAACCUCAUGAAAUACCAGUGGACUUUUAUUAACCUUUCUAAUUGCUUUCUAGUAGAAGAAAGUGAAAAAAAGUAAAAGUGCAAAAGUUUGCAUCCCCUUAGAGAGAAAAAAAAAUGAUGAGAUUAGAGAGAAAAAAAAUGAUAAGAUUAUAAUAAAUAAUAAUAAUUAGAGUUACAUCAGACAAAGUACACCACAGUGUCGUAAAAUUCUCAAAUCCGAUUGUUUAGAGGUGACGAUUAAUUUUCGGAUCUAAUGCGUCCGAUAAAGUUAGCGCUUCUUCACAGGAAAUUGUACAGCAGACGCUCCAUUUACAUUUACGGCAUUUAGCAGACACCCUUAUCCAGAGUGACUUACAACUGAUCAACUGAGGGUUAAGGGCCUUGCUCAGGGGCCCAGCAGUGGCAGCUUGGUGGACCUGGGGUUCGAACCCAUGACCUUCCGAUCAGUAGCCCAACACCUUAACUACUGAGCUACAACUUCCCCACUUCCAUAAAAUCCGUAAUAACAAAUAAUUAUAACAAACACGUUUAAACAGGUUAGUUAGAAAUGUUUUUUUCUCAGAUCAGAUCUGGAGAUUGAAAGCUUACUAUCUCUUUUUAUUAACUUUUUUUGUCUUUGUUGCGUUUUUUAACAUCGUUAUGAAGAACAGUGUGAACACUGAGCAUGUUCGCGUCGUAUCCGUCAAACGUGGACGUGUUUACGGCUAAUACGCAGAAGAUAAAGAUCUGACCCGGUGUUUUCUCUAAUGAGAAGAUCGCACAUGUAUGUCAUGUAAUGCAAACUUUACAUAUCAUGUGUCCUUACUGAUGUAACCUAUAAUGAAAUGUCGUUCUUUUACUGUUGUAUCUUGUGUUCUUUCUAUAGUCCUUAACGGUAUUCUUUGGGUUUAUUAUGUGGCACUUAUAUUGUUGGGAAUGUUGGAUAAAUUUCCAUUAAAUUAAAUUUGUGUUGCUGAAGGAACAAUAUGGAAUAUGUUCUGGUAUUAAAAUGCAACGGUAUUUGAAGUCAAA